GGCGUAAGCAAAGUGUACAGACAGACUGCUCGCUUCCUUAGAGGUGCACCUCACCAUCACCGAGGCCUUUGGUGGUUUUGGGACAAUUGUUGGAAGGUUAUAGCUUGCGGCUUCUUUCUAUAACGACUGAUCGGAUCCAAAACUGGGGAACAAUCCUCUGAGGUUGCUCCUAGUAAUUGUGACGCUGGUGGUAUGAGCAGCAGUUCUUUGAAACGUUCAUUACCUCCGUGGCUAGACAAGCCACUUUUAAAAUUAAUGAAGGCCAGACAAAAAGCUUGGAAACGCUACCGUCUAACUAGUUCGCAAGGAGCAUACAAUCGCUACAAAGAGAUCAGAAAUUUGGUCAACAGUGAGAAGAAACGCAAAAAGCAAUUGUAUGAAGAAUCCCGACAGGAUGCUACAGGACGACAUGCUGGAACUACUCAGAUGGGAUACGGUAGUUCGGAGUUCCCCAUGGAGCCUGGUCCACAGUAUUCACCAAUUCAGGAUAUAUGGUCCGGCGACGGAUUUUCCGAUCGGUUCAUACCAAAGCCUCACGGCAAGUCAGAUGAUAGAGGCCGUUUGCCUCAAGACCCGUACCGAGUUCGGGGUUCUAUGAGGGUAGAAGAACGACAUGGUCUAUCAUCCAUGGUAGCAGAUGACGACAUUCCGCAAUUCAUCUCGAGCUACCGUCCCCUCGGCUCAACGUCGAACAUUUCGGUCUACGAUCCCAGCCAUAGCCAUUCACAAAAACGCGCUUCAACAUCCGAAACCAAAUCCUCAACAGGUGUUAAGAAGUUGAAAUCAUCUUUCGAGCAGAGCGCCGAAGAGGAGGUUCCUUCCCGAGUGCUUUUCAUUCGCAAUCUUCCGUUGGAUAUUACAGAAACAGAGGUGGCCAAUUUGGCAUUACCCUUUGGCGUCAUAUCGAAUAUGGUCAUCACAAAACGUAGUGGAUUGGCGCUUAUUGAAUUGAUGGAUCAACAGGCGGCGGAAAAUAUGGUGGACUAUUAUGGUACAGUAUAUGCCCCCAUAAUCCGUGGCAAGGGUCCUGUAGUUGUGAGCUUCAGCCGUCACACAUCCCUGACAACCACUACAACUAGUCAGCAGGUCGCAGAGGCUAUUAUAAAUGCGAAUAAAAGAUAUAGUCUAUCGGCUGUUCAGGACCCCAUCACGAAUCCGCGGUCAGUCAUCCGAGUUCAACUCUACCAGACUCCAGUUGGGGUGCACUUUGGAUAUCUUCAGUUCUACAAUCUUUUCACGCAGUUUGGAACCAUCCUCCGAAUCGUCACUUUUAAAACAGGCACUGUUCCUAGUGCCUUUAUCGAAUUCCAGAGUCCCAUUUCCGCACACGUGGCAGUUUUGCAAACUGAUGGGGCCAACUUUACGCUCGAGGAAGCCCCUGGUUCUGGGCCUUGUAUGAUGCGAACGGAUUUUUCGCGCCAGUCUACUGUAGAAGUUCGUUCUGAAGAUGUCAACUGUCGUGACUUUACGCGGAAUCCUAUGCCAGGUUAUGGAGAUAGCGACGCGGCAGCACAGUCUCAAAAUGGGCUACUAGGCAGCGUAACACCUGUCGCUCCUUUGGGUCUUCCGACAAUUGGAGGCGUACUAGACUACUUGACUGAAGAACGACUUUCCCUACUAGAUCCGAAUGUCCUUUCUGAACUUGCUUCGCGAAUGGUGAAACCAUUGUUGAAGGCUGCCCUUAAUGUAGGGGGUCAACAGUCUAAUUUCUUCAAGUCGCAGGCGGAAGUUUUGGAACAUCUUGCUCCUUACGUUCCUUCAAACACUGCUGCCCUCGGAAUGCAAUCCACCGCAUCCCUAGUGGCCAGUUCGGUCGGCAAAGAAGAUUCGACCCGCACCAACCAGUCACCAGUCGUAUUCGUGUCCAAUCUGAAUCAAGAGCGCAUCACACCGGACACCUUGUUCACUCUGUUCGGAGUUUACGGAGAUGUUCAACGGGUGAAAAUAUUACAUAACAAAAAGGAUAGUGCCAUGAUUCAACUUGCCGACUGCAACCAAGCCCAAAUGGCUGUGAACUAUCUAGAUAAAGUUCCGUUAUACGGAAAGCAAAUGCGUUGCACUUUGUCGAAAAAUAUGGCGGUUACCAUUCCAGUGCCUGGAAAGGACGACUCAGAGGCGAGUGCUGAAAACAUCAAUCAACUGAAUCGGGAAUACAUUGGUCAUCGGUUGCAUCGAUUCCGGCGCCCGAACGCUCGCUAUCUGCAGAACCUGUGCGCACCAAGUAAAGUUUUGCAUAUAUCCAACCUGCCUGAGCAAGUCACCGAAGAUGACUUGACUGAUGUGUUUAUGCGUGUUGGUGGGCUUCAAGUGGAGGCCGUCAAAUUGGUCAAGACGCCGAAACCCAUGGCACUGGUCCAGCUUCAAGAUGUCGAGAAAGCUGUUACUGGCUUGAUAGCCUUGCAUGACUACGAACUUGUGGACAAUAUGCACAUGCGGGUCUCCUUCAGCAAGUCUUCAAUUCGUUAGAGGCCUGUUUCCACAAUUUUCCGUUAGCCGUUGCUUCUCCCUCUUUUUCUACCAUUCAUUCGCUCACCCGAUUUGUUUCUCAUGUGCCCACCUGAUAGCACGGUCAUAUUCCACAAGUGAGCAUGUUUCAUGGAAGCAAAACAUUUCUCUAUUGACUGCAUUUGUAUUCCCCUCUAUGGAUUUGUGUUAGCCUCC